CUAAAUAUUAUGAAAGCAACACAUCGGACGCUCACGAGCUUUAUGGACUAAGCUGUUCAGAAAACAAAAAGACGUAAAAGUAACAACACAGCUGAGCUCGUGGGACUUACUGAGUGCUUUACCCGCUGUCUGGAUCAUGAGGGCAGAACCUGAUAAAAUCGUCUCCCUGUCAGGUGAAGACAACACUGCUGAACUUCAGAAGUACCUGUCCUCUCUUUCAAAUGACCAGCUCCUCACUGUGAUCACAAACAGCGCCCUAAAAGGCAAGAAUGUCUGUGCCGUGAUAAAAGGCAUAUUUAAAGGCUCUCCAGCCAGCACCAGUGAAGGGUCAACACGCAGACUGGCCCUGUAUGAGCACCUCAUCCCUCUGUGUGAGUCCGGGGACCUUCAGGCCGACGUGGUUGCUGAUAUCAUUGGACUGCUGAUGCUGGAGACUCAUACACUAUCCGGACCAUCGCUCAUACAACUGGCGUCUCUUUUUGUUGAUGCCAUCAAAGCCGGGAAAAAAGGCAGUGGGAAAUCCUGGGAGCUUUUUCCCACGGUCCUCACUGCACUCACAGCCUGUGAAGCCUUGUCUUAUGGCAAAGGGGAACUCAGUGGUGAAGAAUAUAAGAAGCAGCUGAUUAACACCCUCUGUUCCAGCAGAUGGGACCCUCAGUGUGUUAUCCACUUGACGACCAUGUUCAGAGAUGUGCCUCUGUCAUCCGAGGAGCUGCAGUUUGUAGUGGAGAAGGUUCUGCGGAUGUUCACCAAGUUAGAUCUGCAGGAGAUCCCUCCACUGGUUUACCAGCUGCUUCUGUUAUCUGCAAAGGGUUGUAAGAGACAAGUAUUGGAUGGAAUCAUCGCUUAUUUUAAAGAGCAAGACAUUCGCCAGGAGGAGGAGCAGAAACAAGAAGAGAGCCUGGAUCUGGAGGUCCAGUCGAUUCCACAGGACCAGCUCAGGCACGUGGAGGGCACUGUCAUCCUCCACAUAGUCUUCGCCAUAAGACUCGACCAUGAGCUUGGAAGAGAAUUCCUAAAAAGCUUCAAGACUUCCUAUGGGGACCUGUGUCCUUUCAGCGCUGCCCUGCUGCUCUCAGUGGCUCGAAUCCAGCGUUACGAAGAGCAGGUGUUUGACCUUUUGAAGGGGGCGAUCAUCAAGAGCUUCAAGGAUGAUCAGCUGCGGCAGGGCUCAAAGUUCUUGCAGGACAUCGUGCCAAAACACUGCAGUGUGGCCCAAAUGAUAGUGGACACAGUCAAGAACAGUGUGUUUGGAUGGGACCAUGUCACUCAAGGACUGGUGCAGCUGGGCUUCUUCCUCAUGGAUGCGUUUGGACCCAAACCCGGGCCGUUUGGAAAAGCAACAGAGGCGUCCGGUACGGUCGCCCGGACCCCUGCUCAGCUGGCCUGUAAGCUCGGAGGACAGGUGCUCCUUCAGGGCUUCAAGGUGCACGAGCCAGUCAGAGGCGAGAUACUGGAGCAGGUCUUAAACCGACUUGUCACAAAGUCAGCCUCCCCAGUCAGUCACUACUUAGAACUUUUUUCUGACAUCGUGACGUCCGCUCCCAUGAUCCUUUUGGAGUCAUCCUGCAAGCUGACAGAGACAUUUGACCACCUGUCAUACCUGCCCUUGUCCACGGUUCAGGGUCUGCUGAAAGCGGUCCAGCCGCUUCUCAAGGUCAGCAUGUCCCUGAAAGAUGCCUUGAUUUUAGUUCUUCGCAAAGCCAUGUUUUCCAGCCAUUUGGAUGGCAGGAAGUCUGCAGUGACGGGUUUCCUGUUGCUGCUGAAGAAUUUCAAAGUGUUGGGCAGCUUGGCUUCCAGUCAGUGCAGCCAGUCCAUCUCCUCCAGCCAGGUCCAGGUGGACGUUCACUCUCGGUACAACUCUGCUGCCAAUGAGGCGUUCUGCCUGGAGAUCCUCAGCAGCCUGCGCCGCUGCCUCGGCCAGCAGGCCGACGUGCGCCUCAUGCUCUACGAGGGUUUCUACGAUGUCCUUCGUCGCAAUUCUCAGCUGGCGAGCUCCAUAAUGCAGACCCUCUUCUCCCAGCUGAAAAGAUACUACGAACCUGAACAAGACCUGCUGCCCCCGGUGAAACUGGAGCCGUGCAUCACCGCUCAUGGAGACCAAGUCUUUCUCCAGGAGCCCCUGGCACACCUGGUGAGCUGCACUGUGCAGUGUUUGCUGUUUCUGCAAAACAUGCAAAAGUCAGCCAGUCCCGAUGACAGCGACGAUGAAGAGGAGGACGGAUAUCAGUCGGACUUGCAGACAAUUCUGGAGAGCACGACAAGGCGCAUGAUCAAGAGCGAGCUGGAAGACUUUGAACUGGAUAAGUCGGCAGAGUUUUCACUUGCCUCCAGUGUUGGAGUGAAGAACAACAUCUACGCUGUGCUGGUGAUGGGGUUAUACGAGGUCCUCAUGGAGUACAACUUCAACAAAGCCAACUACAGCAAAAAUGCCUUCGAGGAGCUUCUUGAGCUGUUUCAUCGCUAUCACAAGCUGUCUGAGAUCCUGAAGGAGAAAUCUGGGAAAGGUCGAACACCGUCAAACAAAACAGCCCGCAGUUUGCUCUCGAUGGGCUUCGUUUCCACUCUGGUCACUGUGCUCUUCAGGGAUAAUUCUCAGAGCAGAGAGGAGGCCCUGUCCGUGCUUCGCUCAAGUGGAGAAUUUCAGCGUUACGCAGUCAGCGUGGCCAUACAGAAGAUCCAACAGCUGGAGGAAUCUGGACACACGGACGGUCCAGACGGGCAGAGCACAGAAAAAACCUUCCGCUUCCUCUGCGACAUGACGAGUGUGCUGAUGUGGCGAUACACAAACAGCCCCGGCGUGGUGGAGGAGGUAGCCAGGAAAGAGAAGCGCAGCAGCUUUUCUCAGCUCUGUUUGGAGGGUCUGCUCAGGAUCUUCUCAACCUGCCAGCAGCGCCACCCCGACAAGAUGACCCAGCUCCUCUCCACCAUGGAUAUCGCUGAUGACGAUGAUGAUGAUGAUGGCAAGCAGAAGGAUGGCGGCGGUGUUUCAGAGAUGACCUACUUUUACAUCCGUCAGUUUCAGAGGGCGCUGUUCUCUCAGCUGAGUGGAGCUGAGGACGACUUCAACAGCAAAGAAGCUCAGCUGCUGGUCAGCAUCCUGAGCGUGCUCUCUCGCCAGCUGGAUCCCUCCUCCCAACAGUUUGUCCAGAUGAUCACGUGGACGGUGAAAAUCUGCAAAGAAACCAGUUUUGAGGAUAUUGCGUUCUCGAAGGGCCAGCUCUCACUUCUCUUCAACCUUCACGUGCUCUACAAGAGUCCCGUGAGUCUGCUGCUGGAGCUCUGCCAAGACAUUCACAGCCAUCUGGGAGACAUCGAUCAGGACGUGGAGGUGGAGGAACAGUCUCAUUUCGCCAUCGUCAACACGAAAACCGCUACAACAGCAGCACUGCUGGUCCUGUCCCAGGCUGACAGAGUGCUGGAUGAGGUGGACUGGCUCAUUUCCAGACAGAAAAGUCUGGCAGCCUCCGACAAGUCGGACGCUGCUGAGACCACGCAGGGCGCCGCCCAGCAGGACCCGGCGCAGAAAGCGGCGGCGCUGCAGCUCGGCACCCUGCUGACGGCCCUGAACGAGCUGGUGCAGACGGCCCUCCCCUUGGGAAACUCCACCAUCGCGCUGCUGAAAGCCCUGACGCGCACCUACACCAUCCUCACCACCCUGGUUAAAUACUACAUCCAGGUGUGUGGCGGCAAGCAUGGAGCUCUGCCAGCUCGCUUUGAGAAGCUGGUGAAAUUAUCUGGCUCCCACCUAACGCCGCAGUGCUACGCCUUCAUCACGUACGCACAGAGUGGAGAGUUCAGCGGAGGAUCAGAUGACAAGAAGAAAAAGAGGAAGACUGAAGUUAACGUUGCCGCCUCAGCAAAACUUCUGCGUGACACCAAAGCCAUCCCCAACUUGAUCUUCAGCAUCGAACAGUAUGAGAAGUAUCUCAUCACUCUCUCAAAGAAAGCCAAGGUUAAUCUGAUGCAGUACAUGAAGCUGAGCACCUCCAGAGAUUUCCGCAUCAACGCGGCUACUCUGGACGCCGCCCUGCGGGAGCAGGACGACAGUCAGGAGCCGGCGGAGUCGCAGGACGCCGAGGAGACACAGGAACCCAAACACAAGAAGAGGAGGCAGUGAGCCGAAGCAGCUGGGAGUUCACCCGGCAGUCCCACGUCUGAAACCUCUCCAUGACGUUGACCUGCCGCCGUCCUCUCA